AUGGACACGCAGAGCAGACCACGACCAACGAAACGAUGGCUGAUUCUCGUGGGACUCUUUGCCGUCGGAUAUUUUGACAUCGGAACGUUAAAAUCGUUGGGCGUGUUCCUUGAGAAAAUGACGGAAGACUUGCAAACGUCUCUCGCUGUCGUUGGACUAGCUAUUGGACUAUGUCACGGCGUAGCACAAUGUUUUGGGUUUGGAUAUAGCGUAGUUCUUUUGCCUUCUCAAGUCAGCGUCCUUGACUACUUUCCAGAUCACUUCGAGAUCGCCACAACAAUUGUCAUCCUGGGCAGCGGUGUGGGUAUGAUGACGCUCCCAUUGCUUACAGAACAGCUCGUCGUGGCUUACUCCUGGAGAGGAGCGAUCCUUAUCCUAGGGGCCUUGAACUUGCAUAUGUGUGUGACGGGGUUACUAAUGGUGUCAGCUGGUCAACAAAGGCGUGUAUUGGGAGAACCUUCAACUUUAGCCAUCAGAUCUCAGGUCAGAGAAAACCAUGAAGAAACUGUGUCCCUGAUAAACGAACAUGUGAGUGUUUACCCACAUAACAUAGAUGAUAAUGGUGAUGAUGAUGAUGAUGAUGAUGAUGAUGAUCGCAAUGGCCAUGGGGUCUUUUACUCUAUCGCCAGAAUCGCCAGAGCUGCCAAAAAGGUAUUCCUGGAUACUUUCGAUUUUAAAAUCUUCCGUGAGUGCCCCCGCUUCAUCACAAUCUGCAUGACUUUAUUCACCUACGCCGUCUCCUACUAUGGAUGGAUCGUCUUCUUGAUUCCCAAUGCCGAAGCCAAGGGUAUCAGCCCCGAGAAAGCCGUCCUACUUGCAACCAUUGGUGGUGCUGGGAACAUCUUUGGAAGGCUCACGAUAGGUCUCCAGGCUGCAAGGUUCAAUCUGAAACCCCAGAUCACCUACUGCCUCAUCUGUAUCGUAUCAGCAGUGGCGUUCUUCUAUAAUUUCUUCACUAAAAGUUUUUCCAUUCUUAGCUGUUUAGCAGCCAUAAAUGGCUUCGCAUUGGGUGGAAAGGUCAUGAGUAGCAACCUUCUGUGUAAGGACACUGUCUCGGACGAAAGGUUUCCCGCUGCGUUGUCUUUCGUAUCACUCGUCUUUGGUAUAGGGGAGACAGUCGGGGCAUUGCUCAUUGGGCUUCUGUACGAUAUCACGAAGUCAUUCGAUAUCAUGUUCUGUGUGCUUGGAGCAGCUAAUAUAUUGGAGUCCUGCAUCAUCAUUUCUCCCAUCAUCAAGGAUUGGAUGGUCGCCUUGGUUACCACCCGUUAA